AGGUGCAUGUUUGGCCCUUAGGGAUCUUCUUUGACCGCUUCCCUAUUUGCAUUGCCUGUGUUUCAGUCCUCAUUCUCUCAAAAAUAAUAUGUCAGUGAUGACAAUACAUGAGGAACAAUGAGAACAGAUCAAGAGGAAUUUGUACUUCCACAAAGGAGGUCAUGGUGGAUCUCCAGUUGGCUGCCGUCCUGGUGUCCCACCUCGCUCUCCAAUCUUAUACAAGCAGAAAACAAAAUCCUGAAACCCAUCAAAAUGAAGUUUACUCAAGGAUAUGUUCCCAUAUCUAAUGGCAACUACAUAUGGACUCUUGGCUUUAAUGAAAGAGAAAGCUCACCUGACCUCUCAGCCUUUGGGGUUCAAUGCCAUCAGGUCCCGCUGGUGCUGCUACAUGGUUUUGGGUGUGGAGUGGGUCUCUGGGUAAAAAAUCUACCUGCCCUUGCACUGGAAGGACGGCCCGUGUUUGCAUUGGACAUGCUGGGUUUUGGACGCAGCAGUCGACCAACUUUCGCCAGGGAUGCCAAGGAUGCAGAGGAGCAGUUUGUACAAGCCCUGGAGGACUGGAGAAAAGCAGAAGGGUUGGAACAUAUGAUUCUUCUGGGCCAUGAUCUUGGAGGAUAUGUGUCUACUGCAUAUGCCCUGAAAUAUCCUCACAGAUUGAAGCACUUGGUGUUGGUGGAGCCAUGGGGUUUUGCAGCAAGACCAAAUAUUCAGGAGCAUUUUGUUCCCAUCUGGAUUAAAGUAUUCGGGGCAGCAAUGAAUCCAUUUAACCCUCUCGGUCUGCUUAGGUUGGCAGGCCCACUGGGGCCUUUGUUGCUACAGCUUUUGCGAUCAGAUUUUAAGCAGAAAUAUGCUUCUGUAUUAGCAGAUGACACAGUGGCUGAUUACAUAUACCAUGUGAACGCACAAACGGCCAGCGGUGAGACGGCGUUUAAAAACAUGACAAUCCCAUACGCAUGGCCUCAGCACCCCAUGAUAGAUCGUGUGGAGAUGAUCAGUCCCUCUCUUCCCAUGACCUUCAUCUACGGAUCACGUUCCAGCAUCGAUGGCCAAUCAGGAAAAGCCAUUCAAGAAAUGAGACCCAACUCACACACAGAAAUCAUAGUCAUUCAGGGUGCAGGUCACUACGUAUUCGCGGACCAAUCGGAGGACUUCAACCAAGCUGUGCUCAAGAUAUGCAAUAAUGUCAAGCACAUAAUCAAUGGGAAAGAUGAUUGAGAAAAAGAAAAAUACACAAAAAAUUGCAUGGUUGCGAGAGUAUAUGAGCCCAAGUUAUGUGUAUAGCCUAAGUCAGUGGUUCUCAAACCUGUCCUGGAGUACCCCCAGCCCUGCACAUUUUGUAUGUCUCUCUCAUCUAUCACACCUGAUUCAACUCAUCAGCUCACAAGUGGAGACUGCAAGACCUGAAGUGGGUGUGUCUGAUAUAGGGAGACAUACAAAAUGUGCAGUGCUGGGGGUGCUUCAUGGAGAGCUCUGAGAACCACUGGCCUAAGUGUAAAAUAAUGGUGUGUAAGAUGUGAAAUCAGAGACAGAGUAAGAGGAGAAAAUAUAAAGGGAAGAAAGAUGAAAACUCUCGAUCAUAUAGCUUUCUGAAAGCGUGCUUUGUAUGCUACAUAUGCGUAGACAAAUGCAACAUCUGUUAUAUAACAACAUCGUAAUUUAGUGUAUUUAGGAAACUUCUGAAUAUUUCAGUAUAUUACGCAAGCAAAAAUAAGAAUGAUGCAAAAAUAAAGGGCUUUGCUUUUAUAUGCUGACAGAAAACGCUCCCUCCCGGAUGAACGCAGUUUAGUGUGUGACCGCUGGGUGGCACUAGCUGGCAGAUGCAUGCUCACAGUUGCACGGGGGUGUGAUUUUUUUUUUUUUUUUUGAGUGAGAGGUUGGGUACGGACGAUUCCGUUGUUUUCGUAUGCUAAAGUGGUCAUUACUUUGUCAAUGGCAAGGAAUAUGUCUAAAAUGUAAUAUUAUAUAUUCAAAGUAUAACUGGCAGGCUGAAAACAUGUUUUAUUGGCAAUGUUGUUUUACUUGUCUUCACUGUGAAAUGAAUCUCUACAUGCAUCAAACGUGGCCUACAUCUGCACUUUGUUGUUUAUGAGGACGGGAGAGAGUGCAAAAUUCAGUCUGGUGUUUCAACGACGACUCAUCUGAACACCACUGAUUGGUCAUUGAAUUCAUAUGCUCAACAGAAUCGUGUGUGAUUGGCUAUAAUGCUCAUCACGCCAAAAAGAGAUAGGGUGGAUUAGUGUAAUGUGGGACACCUAAGCUUCAGUGCAUUUAUCUCUUCUUUUACAACAUUAAAGUGAGCAUGCUUGGUGUUGAAUUCAAGCAGGGGUGUCAAGUUAUUGAAAUCACUUGACUUUCUGAAAAUUAUGUCAAAAAUGUGGCAAUGAAAAUCAUCAAACAGGAAGCACCUCUUGUAUAAUUCUCUGAAAUGACAAGUGACGUAGGAUUUAGACAAAAUUAAUAUUAAGGAUAUAAAUCUGUUAUAAAUAAAACAAUUGUUCUAAAUUAUCAAAUUAUAUUUGUGAUGUAUUUGUACAUGAAAUUUUGCAAUAAUAUUGUUCAAAUGUGUUAAGAAUAUUUUCUAUUUGAAGCAAUCUUUGUCGUCCCACUUUAGAAAAUGAUGUUUUCAAAAGUGGGACAGCAUGUUUUGACUAAUGUGGGACAGUCAGAUAUACUAUGUUAUUCAAUUGAUAAAAUGUGCAUUAAGAAAGUUAAAUAUCAUACAUGUAUGUUUUGUUAAUUUUUGAGCGUAUAAUUUUCACAUGUUUGAGUUCCUGUUUGUCCAUAUUUGGUUUAGUUCCUGUUCAUAUUAUUAGUUAAUCACCUUCAGUCUGUUCACCUGUGUUAAUUGAUCAUCUUGUUUGCUCCUUUGAUUUGCCUGUGGAGCCUUCAAUAAGCCUUCAAUUUUUAGAGUUUCU